ACGAAGAAAAGUGUAUGCUUUAGGGGAGACUACAAAGCUGGAUUUUGAUCAAAGUCACAUACUGAGAGAGCGCUGAUGCUACUUUUAGAAUCUUAUCUCUUUGAUGCACUAGCUAUUCCAGGGGCCCUCCUAGCCAUCCACUUUGCUUUAGAUUUUACCGGAAAUGUACGGAAGAAAGAAACAUCAGCUUCAUCUUCUUCUUCUUCAUUUCGAUUCGAUUCAAUGAAAUUUGAUCAAUUUAGUCUGAUUUUAAUUGUGAAUUGAAACAGGCCGAUUACAUCUUAAUUCUAAACUGUACGGUUAUGGGGCGGUGAAUGAAGUUUUAGCAGUGCAAGCGCAAUAAUAGAGAGUCAGUGCAGGUUGAUGAUAAAAGAUUCCCCAUUUACUUUUACAUAGCCUGUGCUAGAGACACGACAAAUACUUGAUUAUGGUGCCGACAGUUCCAGAUUGCUUUAGGAAAAGCAAAAGAGCCUAUAUUAUCAUUUUCCUCCUCUUGAUUAUCGCAAAAUAAUCAGUUAAAGCUUAAGUUUGUAGAUGGGAUUGGUGGUUUUCUACUAUAUAUAACACAAACACUUUCUAGGCCAAAGUUCCCCAAAGAAAAAACUCAAAAUUAAACAGUGAUGGAGUGUAUAAUGUUCCAGAUGGAGGCAUCUCGCUCCACCGCAGCUGCAAAGGAAACUGAAGAUAUAAGUUUGCAACUCCUUGUGGACAAUCAUUCAAACAAGGUGUUAUAUGCAGAGACAGGGAAGGCUUUCGUGGACCUUCUCUUUGGUUUCCUACAGAUACCUUUAGGUUCCAUUGUUGGAAUUCUUCAAGAAAAACACAUGAAUGUGUCUGGUUCCUUAGGUAGAGUUUUUGAGAGUGUAAAAGAGCUGGAACCCAGAUUUUUCCUAUCGCAAACAGUCAAAGAAUAUCUCUUGAAACCUGAGGUGGCCUCAGCCUCUUGUAUCCCUCCACUUCUCCAAAACUUUGUCACUACAAAACAACUGAACUCUGAAACUUUGGCUACUUCACCCUUCGUCUUUGCGAGUCCGGGAUCUCCUUUAAUUUUAAGUCCGGCAGCGGCAGGGAAAGAAGUGAUGGGGUUUGUUAAAGAAUGUGAAACAAAGUAUAUAGUAAUGGAUGAUUUAAGGGUGUUCCCACUGUCAAGUAUUUAUCUUGUUGAUCUCCUCAAGAAAUUCAAUGUCAAUGAUACUAGCUUUCGGGAGGUCAAGAUUGAUCUCAACAAGUGCUUGGAGAUAGUGAAGGCCUCGUUGGAGUCUGAUACAGUUCUCACAGACGUGUUCAUUGGAAAGAAUUUCCCAAGAAAAGGAAGUAGAUUCAUCGCUACUUGAAGGAAGCAGAUCUAUCCAUAUUUAAUUUGAAAAAUGGUUUGUUUUUGUUUAAAUUGAGAGCCCAGUAUACAGAUAAAGAGACUUCGGCCUCUCUCUCCUUAGAGAGAGAUUUUUCUAUGUUUGUUUCUUCUCUGGGAGCUUCUGUCUCUUUGUCUCCCUGGAUUUAGCGGCCUCCUCUGCUCCAUCCGAGUGGAGGAGGCCUCCUCCUCCUCCUCCUCCUCCUCCUGCACAAUAGUGGAUUUCCCUCCCCACCAUCGUGUGGGCUGUAAAUAUUGCUUUUUGUUGGUGUGUUGGUUGUAGAUUCGAACUUCGAAGAGAGGGAUGUGAGGUCUUGAUCUACUCAUGGUUGUUUCUUUCUA